AUGGAGGAGCCCCACCUCACCAUCGCCCUGGUCCAACCCAGGGGCCCAGCCCCCGCCCAAGCAACCCCUGACUUGUCCAGCGCGUUUGAGAAUUUACCGGAAAAGCUGAAGGAGUUUGGGAACACUUUGGAAGACAAGGCCCGGGCAGCCAUUGAACACAUCAAACAGAAGGAAAUUCUGACCAGGACCCGGUCCUGGUUUUCAGAGACAUUCGGGAAAUUGAAGGAGAAGCUCAAAACCAAGUUUGACUUUGACUGA